GCUGUGGCGCGCGGCGAAGGAACAGCCGUUUGCUUUCGAAGCGCUCCUUCAGCGGCCCCCAGACAGGCCUCGCCGGAGUCGCUCAAGCCACGCGCGCUGCACUAACGAUCCAAUCCCGAGCCGGGUAACGGGUGGCGCUUCGGGGCAGCCGUUCUCGACUCAGGAGCGGCCCGACUCUCUUCGCCCCUCGCCUGCCGGUUCCUGGGAGCGCGUUCCUUUUAACUCAAGUUAUUGUCGGGCUCUGAGACUAUUAAACUGGGUGCCUCGCUUCUCUCUUUGGUGUUUGACUGGCGGUGCCUUAAUGUUUCCGUUCACUUGGGACUAACUCUUCGGAGUAGCCCCGCUGGGGUUUAGGAGAGGAGAGAAUUGUUAGAAAGUCUUUCGGAGCUAUUCAAUGCGCUUCAACCAUGGGCCGUAAACAUGAAGGAAAGGGGGGUUCGACUUUAUAAGUGUCCUUAUAAAGGCGCGUUUUUCUUUAUUUCACGUGGAGCAUAAAGCGCGUGCUGGCUUCUGUCCUUUCCAGCCCCGCGCCGCUUUUCUGGUUUCUUUCUGCCUCCCAAGAGCUUCGCUUUUCUUUCCAGCCAUCAGGGGGCGCUUUAAUACGUAGUGACCGGAAGACUCUAAAAGACCCCGUCGCCUAGCAACCGCCCUCGUAUCCUAAACAAAACUGACACGCGGGGAGAGAAAUCGGCACCCGCAUUUGGCAGCUGGCAACCCUACUGCUGAGAAAGGCUGGAGUAUGUCACCCGCUAGGAACUCUUUUCCAUUCCCUCAUUACGAAAAUGAAAACACAUACAGUGAUAAUAUGAAUGCACAGAUUUCUAAAGACAGUUUGGAUUUUAAUCUCAGUUCUCUAUACAAUCACCAUGAAGACCUGCUUAAAAACAAAAGUCAAGUAGUCCUCCAUAAAGAGACCCUCCUGGAUGACCAUGGAACACUGAAGGUUUUAGAGCCUGUGAAGAAAUACACUUCAGUUCAGCAUCCUACCUCCAAGGGUAUUACUGUGAGACACUGGGUUAAUCCUGUAAAAGAAUCUAUCCACCACAUUGAGGGAGCCAUUGAAGCUCCACAUACUGCUGCCACAAAUAGUGGAUAUUCCCGUAAAGAGAAUGGUGGGAUCUUCUAUCAUUAAUGAUUUUUGCAGAGUCAUGUUGCAGCUUUAUUCCCUUUGGCCUGUAAUUGCUGCCCAUAUGCUAACUCUUGGCUCACUGUAUGCUUAGCUUUCAGAUCAUCCAUUAAACCAGCCAGCUUCACUGAAUUUUAGUAAAAGCUCAACUGUGCUGUAUUUGAAAAAGCAGCCUGUUCUUGCCAAUGGACCGAGCCCCAAACAUAAUAAUUCAGAUAUUUGAUUAGGAGGAGUCAAAUAAUAAAAUCUAGUCUACUUUGGACUCAGCUCCAAAGAAGAUACUAUUUAUACUGAACCAUAAACAGUAUUAAUUUACACAAUCUUAGCUAAAAGUAUCUUGGUUAACAUCUCCAAAGCAAAAUAUGAACAUUGAUUAAAUUUUCAAAAAAAAAAUGUUUUUCAAACACAAAAUACAAAUACUUCAUUCCUAAAUUAUUCCUAAUACACUUAUGGAGUACUUCAGAACACAAGUCUUCACAAGAACAGAGUGAUCCAAUUUCUGAAGAUUAAAAGUAUUAUAUCAAGAUCAAAAAGAAUGCCAACCAGGAACAAAGGCUGAAUGCCAAAAUACACAAUUCUAUAACUUUUUUAAAAAGUUCUGCAAGUACAAAAAUUGCCAUAGAUCAAGGGGACAAAGCACCUGAUGUCAUUUAUAAACGCAAUGGCUGUGUGCAGACAAGUUUAACAAAAGCAAGCUGAAGCCAAAGUUUGCCAAUACAACUGAAUCUCAAAUCUAGCACAUUAUUGAACUGAUAUUUUCCCUUGGAGUUUUAAGCCUGGUACUUUUGAAACAUGUUAGAUUAUUAGCUAUGCUAAGUAUGGGGUGUGAGAAUUUUGUUCUUAAGAAAAAGGACAAGAGACCCAAGAAAGACAAGUUUCUGUACCUCUCAGGUUUAUUCACUUCCUGUCUCCUGCACUGACUCAAUUUUUGAUCCUUUAUCUUCACAUAUAAAGGCAUACUUUUAAAGAAUU